GGCCGCCUCGAUCCGCUUACACGAACACCUUAGCCGUAGCUCGAACCUCUGUUCAGCGGAUUUUGAACAUCGUCACUGUCUUGAUGGCUUCCUCACCAGCACAUUCGACCCUCUGGGUUCCAUUCUGUCUACGCCACCGCGUUCUUAUCUCUUUCGCAUUGUUGUUUGCUGGUCUUGCUGUGGUCCUCGGGAUCAUGUAUCGUAUGUUCAACUCAGAUCAUGGUCUGGCAGCUCCAAAUACUGCAAUCCGCUACUUAUGGACAUAUGUACCUUCGUCGGUCUUCAUCCUCGUCGCUGGAUGCUGGACGCUCGUUGAAUCGAACUUGAAGCUUCUAGCUCCCUGGCGAGCAAUGGCUAGAGGACCUUGCCGGGCAUCGAAAAGCAUAUUGCUUGACUACAUCACUGAGAUACGGAUCACCUCUCUCUAUUCCAGUAUUCGUAAUUGUGACUGGGAUGUGUCUCUUGGAGUUCUGGGAACACUGUGUCUCAACGUAAUCAUAGUCUUCUCGACCGGGCUGUUCAGGGUGGAGCCUAUGUCAAUCACUCGGUCAAAUUACAGAGUUCCUCUCACGACAUCAUUCAAUGCAUCGGGUGUCAUCGCGCAAUCCGGAAACGGGUUCGCGACAGCUUACGCCAUCAGUCAGUACGCACUGGAUUUACCAUACGGUACAGCCAAAACUUUCGCCUAUCAGUCGGUAAACACUACGGAAGUUCCAUCCGGGGCAACCUUAAGUUUCGAGGUGGAUGCCUUCUAUCCCGAGACGACUUGCGAAGCAGGCGUUGCGAACUGGACGUUUGGAGUAGUCUACGACCAGACUACUGGAGUUAGCGGCUCUGCUGGAGCGAAGAUGUGGGCGACUACGUCAAGCUGCGAGUUAGAGUACACGCGAUCGUUCACUAACGACACUGAGAAUCUCACAUAUCUCUUGGAUCUUGGUCUAGCAAACUGCACGGGAGCAAGAAACCCUUUGAGAUACGAGCCACGCUUUGCUGUGUUUGCCGGCAGCAUGUUGGUUGCAGAUCUGAACAUGAGUCCAGCAGAGCGAAAUUUUACAAACAGCACCCUUGAGCUCAUCGAACCCGAAAUACCAUCAUACUUCAGCCCCCGGCCAUCAAGGAUGUCACAGAGCUCGGCGGCAUCUGUAUUCUGCUCUAUAACACCGAGAUUGUCCAAGGCGUUGCUCACAGUUAGUCAAGGUCAGAUCGCCUCCAAGCUGCUAUCCGACGACACAGCGAGACCGCCCACUAAUGGCACACAUGAGAGACAACUACAAACUGCCAUCAUUCAAGCCUUGUAUAUUGAUUCGAUGUACAUGACCGGCAAGAACACAGAUCACCCAUAUACGGGUCCGGACAUGAGUGUGUACAAGUAUGGAAGCUUGUUCACUGCUUUCUUCCAACUGUUGAACGACACAAAUCCUCAAGCGUCGAUUGAAACGCUGGUAGAUCCAGUGUUUCUAACAAAUGCCGUCAGUCAGACUCUUGAGUUUAUUUCAUCGCAAAUGGCAGCGAACUACCUCUUUGCCAUGGACAAUAGCGAAACAGUUGGCCUCUUGCAAUCUAAUCAAGAGCGGUUGACAAUGCCGCGUCUCGCAUUCGGCAUCGUCGUUGGAUUGCUAGCAACGAUGGUCUUAGUGUCCCUGGCACUCUGUGUACAGUCAAAGGCGGUAGUACCGAAGGAUCCCACUACUAUCGCAGGACUAGCGACAAUUAUAUCCGAAAGCUCAAAUUUCGUUGAAGAGCUUGCACCUGUCGCGCAUUCGGCAAAAGCCACCAUACAAAAAUGCAAGCACAUUGGCAACUUCGAAACAUCAACGACAGACGUAAAUGGCAGAAGGAAGUUUGCGAUACGGGCGAAUCAGGCAGAUCACACUCAUAUGUGUUGCCAGAACCAAGAAAAGCCAUGCGAGAUAAAUAUCGACUGGUGGAAGCCAUGGUCAACCUCCACGACCUGUCAGAUCACUGUAGUCGCGCUGCCCCUAACUCUGAUCGGUGUCCUUGAAUAUCUCUAUCGGCGUUCUGUCCGCCUGGAUGGUGUUCUUGAGGUUCCAAAGAAUCAAUACGUACAGUAUGCCUGGGUCUAUAUACCUGUCGCCGGUAUCUUCGCCCUAAAGUCUAUCUUCGAGCUUAUCAGCUCGACAAACCGAAUAGUGCAGCCUUACGCAACUAUGCAUCGCUCACCUAGCGCGGCCCAAAAGUCAAUACAUCUCGAUCUGGUGCACAGAAUUACUCUAUCAGCAUUGCUUCAAAGUUUCAGGUGGAGGCUGUUUGGCACGGCUGCUGCUAUCCUUGCCACAUUUCUCGGAGCCGGCCUUCCCAUCGCUACGAGUGGGCUCUUUGUAGCUCGCACACCGACAGCCCGCACUCAAGUCGACUUCCGACAGGCCAGUCGUUUCGAUCCUGACUUGGCCCUGGCUUCUCGUAACACAAAUGAAGACUAUCUUCCCACGCCAGCUUUUGUGCUUUUCAACAACCUGUCAUAUCCGCAGUGGACUUAUGGCAAGUACGCACUGCCUCGUGUAGAGCGACAAAGUGAUAAUCAGCCGACUUUAUCUCCAGGAAGCGGCAACGCCAGCAUGCGUGCGGAGCUUCCCGCGGUCUUCGGCGUCGCGAACUGUUCCGUGGUACCAUUGGAGCACAUCACCUUCUCCACAGGGCCCCCAGCAACCUUUACUCAAGCACCAGGUAGCUUGACUGUCGAUGUUCGACCUGUGGGUGGCUGCAAGCCAAUGUCUUAUAGAGAAGACAUCUUUACAGAAGACUUCUACGUCGCCAAUUGGUAUUCAGCCUGGGAUGUCUUCCGCAUGAACUAUACAGAUGAUGUGCCCAAGACAGACCUUUCUCAGAAUAAAAACGCAUCUUCAUACCACAGCGAGUAUAUCAUACCUAUUCAUUGCCCAUUGUCGGCGAUAUUACUUGUAAAGGGGAAGUUCUUGGUAUCGGCCGACAACACCAGCUCUGUUGAGAUCGAAGACUAUAAGUUUUUGCACUGCACACCACACGUGGAUCAGGAAGUUGUUGAGGUUAACUUCACCCUUCCAGACUUCAACAUUCCAGCCUCAACCGCCCCAGCUCCAAAAAUUGGUACUCGGACCUUCUUUUCGGCAGCAGAGCUCCUCAACACUGGUUUCUGGGCGAACUAUCUGCCAGUACAACGCACUCUCGUUCUGGAUCCCCUAAUUCCCAACAUGCAAGUGGACCCCUUCUUCCGGGCUAUAUUCGGUGGUCGAGGCGGUAUAAGAGCGUCUGAGGUGGUUAAGGACAUUCCGGAAAUGACUGAGAAACUGCUGGAGCGUGUCGACGAAGUCUAUGGCAUCAUUAUUGCUCAGAUAUACGGAACGAAGCGGCGAUUUGACGCAAGUGCAGAGACCUCCCCGAGCGUUCACCCUGCAACGAUUGUGUCAUCUGGGAAGUCUCGUAUACAACAAGACAAGAUCUCAACACGCAUCUUGCAAGGACUGCUGGGUGCCAUGGUGCUGUGUGCGAUCGUUUCGAUGAUAUUCACGAAAGGCAAGAAGAUCCUUCCGCAGAACCCCUGCAGUAUUGCAGCAGUAGCUGCUUAUCUCGCAAAGUCAAGUUUACUUUCAAAGGAAAACAUUCCUGAUGGAUCUGAGUUCAUGAAUGCCAAAGCCUUGCGCAAGCACGAAAUACUGCAAGGUGGCUUUUACAGUUUCGGCUGGUGGGGCAAAGGUAAAGCAAGACGGUAUGGCAUUGACAUAGGUAAAGCAGAAGGCAGAGACUAAAAGGACAAUCCCAGCCGUUGUCGCUUCCUACAUCAGCAUUGAUCUCCUACGGAAGCAACGUCUCAAUGAG